GGGCAGGCACCGGAGGCUGAUGAGAGGAGGCACUGUCACCGUGCUCCAGCGUUUGCAGACCAGCCUCCGGAUCCACCGGGCUCCUGCCAGGUGGUCUGCGACCCGGCUUCCAUGACCGAGCCCUACGAGUGAUCGCCUGCCUUCUGGUUCCCCCGCGGGUUCGUCGGGGACCUGCCCACCCACAAAGCCAGUGUCGUGAAGAUUGCCCCGGGGAAAAGGAACAAUGCCACUCUUCUUCCGGAAGCGGAAACCCAGUGAGGAGGCUCGGAAACGCCUGGAAUACCAGAUGUGUCUGGCAAAAGAAGCUGGGGCAGAUGACAUUCUUGACAUCUCUAAAUGUGAGCUCUCAGAGAUUCCAUUUGGGGCUUUCGCAACAUGCAAAGUUCUGCAGAAGAAGGUGUUGAUUGUCCACACGAAUCACCUCACUUCCCUGAUUCCGAAAUCCUGCAGCCUCCUGAGUCUCAUAACCAUCAAGGUUCUGGAUCUUCAUGAUAAUCAGCUGGCAGCCCUCCCUGAGGACAUAGGGCAGCUGGCAGCCCUCCAGGUAUUGAACGUGGAAAGGAAUCAACUGACGUAUCUCCCAUGUUCCAUUGGGAACCUGACUCAGCUCCAGACCCUCAAUGUGAAAGACAACAGGCUGAAGGAGCUUCCAGACACGUUGGGGGAACUUCGAAGCUUGCGUACUCUCGACAUCUGUGAAAAUGAGAUUCAGAGGUUGCCGCAGAUGCUGGCACACGUCCGAACUCUGGAGACUCUGAGCCUGGAUGCCUCCUCCAUGGUCUUCCCACCGCCAGAGGUGUGUGGCGCUGGCACCGAGGCCAUUCAGCAGUUCCUCUGCAAAGAGUCAGGACUGGAAUACUACCCGCCUUCUCAGUAUCUGCUGCCAGUCCUGGAGCGAGAUGGAGCCGAGACCUCCCAGGACAGCCCUGAUGGGCCCACAGCCAGGUUCUCCAGGGAGGAGGUAGAGUGGCAGAACAGGUUCUCAGACUACGAGAAGAGAAAGGAACAGAAGAUGCUGGAAAAACUCGAGUUUGAACGGCGCCUGGAACUCGGGCAGCGAGAGCACGCCCAGCUCCUUCAGCAGAGCCACAGUCAGAAGGACGAGAUCCUUCAGUCGGUCAGGGAGGAGCAGUCCCGGCUGGAGCAGGGCCUCAGUGAGCACCAGCGCUACAUUGACACAGAGCGUCAGCGGCUGCAGGAGCAGCUGAAGCAGACGGAGCAGAACAUCUCCAACCGGAUCCAGAAGCUCCUGCAAGACAAUCAGAGGCAAAAGAAAAGUUCCGAGAUUUUGAAGUCGCUGGAAAAUGAAAGAAUAAGAAUGGAACAGCUGAUGUCCAUAACCCAGGAAGAGACAGAGAACCUGCGGAGACGUGAGAUUGCCUCCGCCAUGCAGCAGAUGCUGGCCGAGAGCUGCAGGAGCCGCUUCGUCCAGAUGGCCUACGAGUCCCAGAGGCACCACUUGGUCCAGCAGGCCUGUUCCAGUAUGGCUGAAAUGGAUGAACGGUUCCAACAGAUUCUGUCAUGGCAGCAGAUGGAUCAGAACAAAGCCAUCAGCCAGAUCCUGCAGGAGAGCGCCAUGCAGAAGGCUGCAUUUGAGGCUCUCCAGGUGAAGAAAGACCUGAUGCAUCGGCAGAUCAGGAAUCAAAUUAAGUUAAUAGAAACUGAGUUAUUGCAGCUGACACAGCUGGAGUUAAAGAGGAAAUCCCUGGACACAGAGGCACUACAGGAGAUGAUCUCAGAGCAGCGCUGGGCCCUCAGCAACCUGCUCCAGCAGCUGCUCAAAGAGAAGGCGCAGCGAGAGGAAGAGCUCCGGACCAUCCUGACGGAGUUAGAAGCCAAAAGCGAAACCAAGCAGGAAAAUUACUGGCUGAUUCAGUACCAACGGCUUUUGAACCAGAAGCCCUUGUCCUUGAAGCUGCAGGAAGAAGGCAUGGAGCAGCAGCUGGCGGCCCUGCUGGUGGAGCUGUCGGCCGAGCACUACCUGCCCAUCUUCGCCCAUCACCGCAUCUCGCUGGACAUGCUGAGCCGGAUGAGCCCCGGGGACCUGGCCAAGGUGGGUGUCUCGGAAGCCGGCCUGCAACACGAGAUCCUGCGGAGAGUCCAGGAGCUGCUGGACGCGGCCAGGAUGCAGCCAGAGCUGCUGAAACCCCCCCAGAGAGAGGUCCUUGGGGCCCUGGAGCCCAGCGCCCCUGAGGAGUGUCCUGAUCCCGUGAGGCCGUCGGCUCCCUCCGGGGAGCUGGAGGUGCAGACCUCGGAGUGUGUCGUGUGCCUGGAGCGGGAGGCCCAGAUGAUCUUCCUCAACUGCGGCCACGUCUGCUGCUGCCCCCAGUGCUGCCAGCCUCUGCGCACGUGCCCGCUGUGCCGCCAGGAGAUCACCCAGCGCCUCCGCAUCUACCGCAGCCGCUGAGCAGGCUGCCCUGGCCCCGCUGCCCACCGCCCCACCUGCAGGCCCAGGGCUCCAGCUCACCCCUGCUCCACCCAGACGUAAGGCCACGUGCUGGGCCCUGCCCACAGCUCAGGAGGGUGUCCCCACCCCUGACCUCCAUGCCCGGGAGAGCCGGCCGGGGCAGAGAGCGAGUGUUCCUGAUGACCUGAGUACUGUGGAAGACGGUCCCUCGGGCACUAGAGAGGGGUGGGGGUGGAGAGGCUGCUGUGCCUGCCACCAUCUGCGCCCAGGACUAAGGGAACUGGCCCGUGUGGCUCUGCCACUUCCCAGCUGACUGUGGCAGGCGCCUCGGUGUCCUUGUAAGGGGAACACUGACAGUGCUUCCCGUUCAGCAGGUGGUGGGAGUGCAGAGGACCCUGGUCCGGGGAGGGGAGGCCACACGUGGAGCCAGUGUGCAGUGUGGCCACAGGCCACCACGGGCUCUCUGGUCGGCUGGAAGGAGCUUAGUGCAGGCCUUGUGCCACAGGCGACAUCAGCCCCUCCUUACCCCCCUCCCUGUUGCCCCCGACGCUCUGGGCCCCUCUGCUCCCCAGAUCUACACCACCUCACCCCGUGCCGCUCAAGGGCAGGCAACGAGCUUUGCAGGCCCAA